AUGACAUCAGUAACAAACAGCACUGUUAAUUUAAAUAAAUAUGAAAGUUUCUUUUACUUUUUUUUGUGGAUGGGUGCAAUAUUAUAUUCCAUUUAUAAAGUGUCCUUAAUUAGUAUUUACUUUAACAAUUACGAUGAUUUAUAUGGUGAUUUUGCACCAGGAUGGAUGUGGAUUGGAAGAAAGCAAGACAUUUCUGAUCAAGAAUGGAAAAUAUGGAUACCAUUAAUAAUAAAAUUAAUACCUUGGAUAUUUCUUCAUCAUUUUAUUAGUCAUAUUAUUAAAACUAUGUCAAAUUCUAUGCUGUUAUGUUGUUGGUACAUCUUUAUAUCCAUAUCAUUUUUGUAUUUUUGCAUUGGAAUAUUAGGCAUGUUGUGUACAGUAAUGCAAUCAAGUAUACUAUAUAUUUUAACAUAUAAACGUAGACAUUCUACUAUAUGGUCCAUAAAUAUAUUAUUUUUAUUUAUAAUACACUUUCUCAAAGUUCCGGAUGGUAUUUUUCAAAAUAUGUUUAAAUUUAAUGAAGAAGAACAUUACAUUUUAACUCUUAUAAUGUGUUGGAUUCAGCUAAGAAGCAUUAGUUACAGUAUAGAUCAUAUAGAAUUAUAUUUAGAAAAUAAUUGUGACAACAUGAUUUGCAUUUUAAAGAACCUUUUAUAUAAAUUAGCAUAUUGCUUAUAUUUGCCUACAUUAUCCUUAGGACCACUGGUUCUAUAUCACGAAUUUAUUAUUUCUGUAGAGAGAACAUCUCAAUUCUGGAAACCUGUAAAACUUGGAAAUUUUGCUUUUAAUUUAAUUAGAUAUAUUUUCUGGAUAUUUUUUGCAAACUUUUUUUUGCAUUUUCUAUAUUUUAAUGCAAUACAGUAUUAUCCAGAGAUUGUUAAGGAUUUAAAUCCAUGGGCCUUGUAUGGAUUAGGAUAUUGUAUGGGACAGUUUUUCUUAAUUAAAUAUGUUGUAGUAUAUGGAUUCAAUCAUAUUUUAUGUGCAAUAGAUAAUAUAAAAGCUCCUCCUCAACCUAAAUGUGUAGCAAGGGUUCAUUUAUAUUCUGACAUGUGGAAAUAUUUUGAUCAAGGUUUAUAUAAAUUUCUUGUAAGAUACAUAUACAUACCUCUGUUAAAGUCUAAUUACAACAAACUAUUUGCUUCCAAAUAUUAUUUAAAUAUACAAAAGAAAUACAUAUCACGAACGAAUAUAAGACGAUUUCAUUGUAUCAUAACAAGUCCGCUUUUAGCUAUGUCAGUAAUAUCCAAUUUUUACUUUUUUGCUGGAGAAGAAAUUGGAAAUAUUUACAUCUACAGAAUAUUACAUGAUACGUGGUACACUACAUUUACUUUACUCUUUUUCCUUUAUUGCUGUUGCCAAGUUUCAACAGAUAUAAAAUAUUGGGAAUCACAAAAAUAUUCGGCAGUAUAA